AAUUCUGAAACGUUGCAUUUGAUCAUUUUACAAAGAAAAUGAAUUGUUUUUAAUUCUAGUUGGAAUAUAAAAUAAAUUUUAAAGUGGUUAUACUGGUAUCUAUUGACACAAGGGUUAGACGAAACUGGGUGUGGUAUGCUUUGAAUCGAGGAUGAAUCAGUAAAUAUUAUAUUGUAACCAUAAUUUUUUUUAUCGGUUUCUACAGAAACGAUAAAGUAUCGCAAUAGAGUUAUCGAUGGUCUAGGGAAAAGGUGUCUCCUUUUGAGUCACCAAACGAAUAUUGCUUACGAUAUAGAAAGGGAAAGGAAUGCGUGAUUCAGGGGUCGAAAGUGACGUGGUGUUAGGCGAGGGUUAAUUCCCCUUUUGUACUCGAAAGUGGUCAGAGUUCGGUGUUGAACUCACCUGGUCGGCUUCACGACGACGCGAUCCCUUCUCGAUCAGGGAUCAACUUGGGACAGGGUCGGUUAUCGUCGGUGAUCCACGUCUCGCGUGAGUUCGUAGCACGAAUGAAAACCGGAAGCUCGGAACGCGACCUGAACUCGGUGAUUAAUGAACCCGACGAUCGUUUCACAGAAGUCGCAUAUCGUUAUGGUGCGCCGUCGUUGCGAUAGCCCGUGCUACGACGUCCUUUCCUGCGACCGAUAACACUGUUUGACUUGUCAGUCCGUCGCUGAUAACGUGACUCUUGUGAAAUCGUGAAAUUAGGAGGUCGUAAAUACCUUGUAAUUUUUUUUUUUUACGCGAUGCAAUCUUUUCGAACUUUUCCACCUUAUUUCUGUUUCGAACGAUUCAAUAUUUUUGAGCAACGAAUCGUCUAGGCGUGUCAAAUGUCCCGAGAUCGACAAAUAACGCAAUCGACGCCUCUUGUGGAGUCGAGAAAAAGAUUCUGGAACCUGUAACGAUAAAUAACAGUGGCCGAAGUGUUCGUCUAACGACGCUUGGCGUUCCAUUGCCCCGUGGUAUCUCAACGGAGACUGUUGGUCGGCUGCAAAAAUAGAAACCAGUGAUUGAUUCCUACGUCGGGUAGUCAGUGAGGCUACCAUGCUCCGUCGUGAAAGGAACGCGAUACGUGUACAGUGAAUCUGUUCGACGAAAUUCGACGUUUCAUUGCCCAAUAGUGUCUGUAUUUGGUAAAUCGGUCAGUGAUUUCGUGAACGAGUGGUCACUUUUAUUCUGUACCGUUCUUUGUUUAAAUCUGUUCUCAUCAGUGAUACCUGUGUACAAGUGGUGCACCCAGAUUCUAUCCUCGUAAGUUUGAUACUUCUGUGUCUUCUGUAGAGGCACAGCCUCUUUUCUCGGAACAGUUACGUAGAAUCGCGCAGAUACCUGUUGAUGGAAGUUCUGUGAACGAAUCGAGAAGGUUGGAUAGACUGGACUGAUAGGGAGAGCCAUUCGGUGCAAUCAGGAAUCACCGAUCGCACACGACAUCGAGUGGCUGGCGACGUUCACCUACGGUUAAUGUUAGCUACGUGGAAAUUACGCUGUGCCACCGCAGCCAAGAAUUGCCAGGAUAACGUAGCCACGCUCGAUUACCGGCAGGCUAGUCGACGGCAGAGAUCCGCUCCCAGCGGGUGCAUACAGCUAGGAUAACAGGAGGGCGUUUGUUCAAGGAUAUUCGAAAAUGUGAGCCCGAGGAUAGUACUCGCGUCGAAACAUGAACGACGAAAUAAUCUUGAGAACUUUAACCAGUGCCGGUAACAUUCCGUUUGUCGACGAGGAUGGGGUGUCGGGCGUUGACCAUCGUCGUGCUCGAUCGAACCUUACGCGUAGAGAAGCGACGAGAGAAACCAGCACCGGUUUGAAACAGAGUCCUAGAAACAGUCAGCAGAGUUUCGCGAGCUUCCGUUCGAUGGUUCAAUCGAAAAUCGUGCAAGAGGAAAGUGUUUCCGCGUUGCAGAAGGGUGCGAUGCACGGACGGAAGGAGUCCCCUCAGUACAGACGGAUGAAACAGUCACCAUCUUCGCGAAGGGACAAGAACGACUCGGUUGAAACUGGUUUAGACGAUCCUACCACUCUUCAACGCUACGAGAAUGCCGUGUUGAGGUAUCAGAAGCCGAAAACACGAGCCAAGAGACAGGCCAGUAGGGAUCGUCAACAACAGCAACAACAGCAACAACAACAACAACCUAGCCACGGUUGCUCGAGCAGCGACGAGAGCGUAGCCAGGAACAAGUCGAAGAGCAUCAGCUCGAUCGACACGCAGUCGGUAAACAACAUCCUGGACGAGUACGAGGAUCUGGAUUACAGGAGAUCCUCGGACCUGAGCGAUUCCGGCAGCGUGAACGUGUCGAACUUCGAGGCGGUCAUGAUGGAUCAGCAGAAGAAACAACAGCAAGAAAAGACCAGGCUAUCCGCGACGAGGAUGCAACCGAAGCGUUCACCGGUUCGAGAAAGAUCGCAGCCGGUACUGAAAGUGAACCAACAGACUCAAGUGAGACAGAGAUCCAGGGAGAGACAAAAAGAAGCCGCGAAGCACGUCCCGUUGUCCCAAACCGAGGACAAUCCCUCUUCUCGAGUUUCGCAGUUGACUCAGAGUACGGACGCCGGUAGGGUCAGAGUGCCGGAAGUGUUGCUCCGCAAAGGAGAGGUUCAAAAGAGGGUGGACGAGUGGUUGAGUCAGACCCAGAGUCAAAGUUACCCCGUGUCUCGGGAGAAAGCGUUGAUCAGGUCGAACAGUAGCGCCGAGCAGAAGAGUCAGAGAAGGUACCGUCAGGAUUCCAGGUCCAGGUCGAUCGACGAGGGUAGGGACAAGUUAAACGGAACUUCGUCGAGUUACGACGACUUGAGCCGAGCGGAUAGGAAGCCGGACAAUCGUAGAGCGGAGAAAAUAGCCGGGAACCCAGGUCGAGGAUCGUACAAAGAGUAUUUAGCGUCUAAGAACCGAAGCAAGCAACAGGAUUACGGUUUCAGCGCGUCGACGAGCGUGAUCGGUCGAUCGAGGGACGCUAGCCCGUCGACCGGUUCCAGGAUUCCUCAAAGAGGUCCGUUGAGCUCGAGUUUCCGCUCGAGACGAUUGGAAUCCGGUAACGAUACCGGUCAAGCGGACAACAGCGUCGUGGAAUCGGCGCAGCAUUGCCAAGCGGAAAAGAACAGUCGGGUCAGAAGCGUAGCCGACAGCAGGUCGACGAAUUUGGCGAAGACGAGAAACGAGUCGUUGGAUCAUGGUAGGAUAUGUGGGCUAACUGGCGCGGUAGCUACCGGUGUUGGCUCGUCUUCGUCGUCGGUGAUCCCUUGCAGAAGAGCGUCGUUCAAACGCGCGCAGAAUCACGAUCAAAGCUCGACGAGGGCGCUCGUUAAGGAAGAGACGGGCCAGAGGACGAGAGGAGGCUGCGGUGGGACGUGCCCGAAGGGCCCCUGCAACCUUGGUGACCAAGGCGAGCCGAUCUCGCCAAAUAAGGAGGGAGAAAGUAGGCGGUCGGCUCUCACGAACGAUUGCCAGCGUGAUAAAGCAACCGAUGCUGCGUGUAAAUCGACGGAAGCGUCGAAGAGCGUCGAUCGAGCUACGCGAGACGUUACGAUCGAGUCUGCUAGACAUCGCCAGGAGAAGAGGGAGCCGGACAGAACGGAUCAGGCCAGACAGGAAAGCGUGUACGGAGUGGUAGGUGCUCGUGUUCGAACUCUUCAAGGUCAACAGGAGUGUCGCGUCGCAAAAACAAGGAAUCCCCGAGGCGGUGCGAUGCUCGCGGACGCUAGAAAGCCGCCGGUUCUACCGAGGAAGGAUCAGACGGUCUGCUCGCAGGAAAGCAAGGAUACGACGAAGAACUCUCCGCUCGUUUCGGUUCAAUCCAGCUUCAAACCGAACAGUCGCGUGUACGCUACUCUUCAGCAAUUGAACGAACAAAACUCGGUGAAAUCAAGAUCGACGGUUGGCCGACCGUUGGACAAGUCACCCGGCAGAUCGCAGUACAGUUCGCCGAAUCACGUGGAGAAGAUUUACGAGCGCAGUCUGCAGCCUCAGGUGAUUCACGCGGAUGACCUCGAAUCGAUCCUACGACCCUCUUUGCAGGUUUCUGCUUACGGCGAGCCGGCUCGAUCCGAUCGCCACUCGCCUCCCGGAGAAGCGGUUACGCUCCUGCUGCAAAACGAUCGAGAAGAAGAGGGAGAAGAAGAAGAAGAGGUUUACGAGCGAGUUGGCGAGCUACGGUACGAACACCUGGAGACUAUCGAGGAAGACGAUCGAAAAAGCGAGGCAUCCGUUUACCCAGAGAUCGGGUUGAGCCAGUGUCUGAAGAUUCAGCAGGGUCUGCCGAACGGAAGGGAUCGACCGAGCGAACCUGCCAGGACGUUCGUCACGUUUCACUCGGCUGGAUCUCCUAGAGCGAACCUGCAGCCGAGAUCGGCGUCGACCGGUUCCUACGAGAUGAACGAACACGAGGAAAAACGCGAGGUCGACGUACCGAUCGUCAUCCUGGACGACCUUGAGAUCCCAUACGAUUCCGGGAACCAAGGGGACAGAGGUCAAGCGUGUCACACGAGGGAGAACAGCGAUCUAUCGACGGCCACUAUUCCUCUGGACGAGCUGGAGAGUGAAAGGCAACUGGCAAAGUUCAAGGUCGUCGAAGACGAGUGUACUCGUUCGAAGGAGAUGGACAACAGGACAAUGGAGGCCAGAUUACGGCACAGUGUUACGGAGGAGAAAGCCGAUAGAACGGUGGAAAACGAGAGAAGCAACUCGAGGGAGAUGGACGGUGGCCGCGUGUCGGUGAACGAGGUGUUGCUGAAGAAUCUUCAAUUUAAACAAGAUCUACCGAAGGACUCGGCGGAACGGGUAACCGGUGACUCGUAUAAAAUCAUCGAACAUGUGCAGAGACCGAUCGGUUUUCAUAACGUUCUGUGCGACGAUUACGAGAACGCGCGAGACGCGAGGUUCAAGGAGAACAAAGUGUACGUGACGAAGGAAGAGAUGGAGCGGCAGAGGUUGAUGGACUUGCUGAGGAAAGGCGACUACGAAUCGGCCAAGAUGGAAUUGGAGAGGAGUUAUACCCUGUCGACCCCAGGGGGUAGCAGCCCCGUUUGUUGCCCGCCUUGCAGCCCACCCCCAGCUCCAGCCGCAUACAUAUCGAGCGCACGUGCGUCCUCGCGAAGACUCGGCGCCGGAAGUGGAAUCGGUGGACCACCGUCACCGGAAAGGGAUCCCCUGGGAAGACUGUUAAGAUUCCUGAAGACCUUCUACAGAGAGCUAGGCACUCGUGAUCCACCCCAUUUGCCGGGAUGGGCGUCGCCACUUCCGCUUGGCACCCUUUGUCCAGCACACUUUCAACCCCACCUGCAACUGCUCCACAAAGGGGAGCAGGAACACAGACUGGAGAACAUCAAGACCGACCAGAUCUUCGCUCCUGUCAGGCUAAGCGAUGGCACAGUUUCAGAAGCACCCCGUCGCGUGGCCAUCGAGGGUGGCCCAGGAAGCGGAAGAACGACCCUAUGCCUUCGGCUUCUCCACCAAUGGGCGAUCCAAGGCGAUGGUCCAGCCUUAGCCUUCAUCGUUCCUCUUCGAGAGCUACGCGGCAGCCCUGUGUUGAAUUAUUUGGCCAGAGAACUGUUCCCCAGGACAGCAGCCAUCGGCGACGCUGUCACUCAAGUCUGGCGAACGCUGCACUUGAUGGAGGAUCGUGUUCUAUUUAUCCUGGACGGUUACGACGAAUGCGUGGGUGGUAGGGCAUCCCUUGGCGACGCAGUGGACCUUCUCGAAGGACGGCUGUUCCCUGACGCCAGGAUCCUGGUCACUUGUUCGCCGAACAAUUCCGGUGUCCUGUCACCGCUCGUUCAAAGGAGGAUUCAUCUGGCUGGUCUCGAGUGGUCCCACGUCGAGAGGCUGUGCGUCGCUUAUUUCAUUCACAACGACAUCGCGGAAAAGGCUUGCGAGUUCCUCGAGGCGUUGAACGUCCAACCGCAGACCGUGAAGCAGCUUGGUCAGCACCCGUUGGGUUGGAUUAUGCUCUGCUGUCUCUAUCAGGACUCGGGUAGUUUACCAACGGAGACAAGCGCGUUGGUCCAAGCUGCGGUGAAGUGUAUCGUCAGAAGGAGCCUGGAUCCACCGGUUCCCUACAGCGAGGAGGUUCCUGGUCAUUGCAGGAAGCGACUUGAGGAUUUUGGGAAAUUAUCUCUGGCAGCGCUCAGGGAAGGCAGGUGUUGUUACACGGAAGCGGAGUUAAGGGCUCGGGGUGGUGGUAUCGAGGUCUCUAGACUAGGUUUCCUAACCAAAGGGCUGACCUUCGGGCAACGACGUAAACCAGAGCUUUACACACCGAUUCAUACGGCGGUAGCCGAGUUCCUGGCAGCUUAUUAUCUCACCUCCGUCGCUCAAUACGCCAACAUACUAAGAAGGGAAUUAGAAGGAUUGCCAUCGGGUAUCAUCAGCCACCUGGCUGGUUUACUAGGGCCCAAGACUCAUCUAAUAUUAAAUCAACUCUGCCCACUCGAAGUGCCACCCAGAGCUAUGUUCUCGUUGCUGAAGGCAGCCGGUGCCUCGGAUGGAAACAUCUCUGCUGUGUGUAGACUAGUCGGAGCUGGACCUGGAUUUGGUCCUGCUCCAAACGAGAGACCACCGGCACCGCUGGUGCACACCUCACCCUUGGAGCUAGAAGGCUGGGCUAGAAUCCUUGAAAGUACAGCUUGCACACUCGAAGCCCUCGAAGUUGUCUUCCAAGUGGAAAGAGGAUCCGAUCCUAGGUAUCUGGACGACUUCUUCGAAGCCCUUGCUGGGAACGAGAGCGUCAAACUAGUUAGAAUCACGUCACUUCUGGGGCAAGAGUUUCCUGCUGACGAGGCUCAGAAGUUGGCUGGACACUUGAAAAGCGUUCUGGGGAAGAAGAAGCUGAACGACUUCGAGCUGGUCAUCACGUGUUUGGAGGAAGCAGCGCACGAUAGAUUGGAAUGCGUGGUGAAUGCCCUUUGCCGCGGACUGAGUCACGCGUCGAGUAGCUUGGCACGGUUGGUCCUCGACAUGAAUCUGUCCGGUGAACAAGUGUCCCGGGUCUGCGAGGCACUUCGUAGCUGCGUUCAAGUGCAGGCACUGCACUUGCCCCAUUUGGGCUGCGGCUGCGAGGGCCUAGCAUCGGUCGCUGAGUUGCUGAAAGAGAGACCACUGCUGGCGCUAAACCUGGCCGGAAGCUGGGGUGCCAAAAACGAGGAUCCGUCCAGUUCUGGAAUCAGUAUGGGUUCGGGUUCCGGUUCCGGAAGCAGCGGCUGCGCGUCCAGCACCCUUGGCACGCUACCCCUUAAUCGUUGCUACUCCUCCCUGCCACGGGGCGCUUUGGCAGCCUAUGGGAGUUUAACGAGACCCGCAACCCUGCCACGACUUCCUCUCGGGCUUGGCCUUGGUCCUGCACCCGGCACCGGAAACGGCCCGCUACCCCAGAACGACAGGGACAGGGACAGCAACGGAAGUAGCAAGAGGAACAGCGACAGCGUACUGUGUCAUCGUUUACCACUCUUGCACCCGUUACCUACUUGCGACCUCACCAGCCACCAGGGCACAGGAUUUCACGAGAUAUUCAACGCUAUCAGAGAACCGAACUGCAAGCUGAGGUCCCUGAACGUGUCCAAGUGUUUGCUCGGUGGAUUGGAUGCGGGUUGCUUGGGCGAGACCAUCCGAAGGGCACGUAAUUUGGAUGCUCUAAGGGCUGCCGGUGCAUCGAGGCCAGCGGACGUGAUGCCACUAGUCCUUGCAUUGACUGAAGCACCUUGCCUUCAACUUUUGGAUCUCGCUAGUCCACGAUUAGCCCUCGAUGAUCAUCCAUCGAGAUUAUUGUGUCACGCGCUCGCCAGGAACACCACCCUUAAAUUGCUCAGCCUCGAGGGAUGGACGUUUAGAAUAGAGGAAUCGGAUAGCCUGGCAGUGUUCUCCGAGUUACUUAGAUACACGAGCGUCCGCGAAUUAAGUCUGUGCAACGCGCGGUUGCAUCUGGCCGUCCAUGAAGGUCCUUUGGCGAGAUUAGGACGCCGGGACGACGCAGGAGCCGAGCUCCUUAGAGCGGCUCCUCCGCCCGCCUGCCCUGCUAUUGUGUUCCUCAGGCUGGCCGGCUUUCAAGUUACGGUGAACGACCGUCUGGCCCUUCGAGGACCCCUUCUGUUGCCCUUCCUCGCCGGUUUCACCGCCCUUAGCGAGCUGGAUCUCUCUCUGGACAAGUCUACCAUAGGAGGCAACAGUGGCUCCUUGUUAUUCAUCGACGACAAGAUUCUCCAGCAAUUCUUCAGCUGUCUUUCCUCUCAUUUCAAGAACCUGCAGUCGUUGAGGAUCAACUUCUGGCGGGUCACUCUGGAGGACAGCGACAAGACGAUGAGGCAGAUAGCCAAGUACCUGAAGCUGUGCAACCUGAGCUUCCUGAAGGCGAACGGUCUUAUAGUGACCGACAGCGCGAAGAAGGUUCAGAUGGAGCACGUUUUCGUGCAAACGGUACUUACGCACCUGCAGUAUCUCACCUGGCUGUGCCUGGACGGCGUGGAUCUGACGGAGAGCCAGGCUUCGAGUAUCGGUAAAUGCGUUAGAGAUCGUUAUCCCGGUACUUCGUUAGAUAUCAGCGCGAAAGACGUGCACGUCAAGUCGGUGAAGGCUUUGGUCGCGGCCGUGGAAGAGGGCGGUAGAGCGGAAGUGGUGUACACGGGCGGAUCUAACUGCAGAUUAAAGAUCACGAAAUUGCAGAAGAACGGCAAGGGGAAGAAGAAGUGAGAAUCGAAGGUAAAGCUUCUGGUUGAUAACGACACGGAAGUUUUUUUUUAGAAUUGUCUAAGCCACGAGGAACGUGGUCGGGAUAAGGAAGAUUUGAUCUUGAAGAGGAUGGGAAUUGAAACCUGAUCAUCGGGGUUGUUCGUUGACGAUCCGGUGAAACGGAUGUCAGAAGGGACAAGGAUCGAGGAAACGACUAGCAAAGUGAACGUAAACGCGUAGUUUUUAGACAGAAGGAACGCGUAUAUCGUCGAUGAAUUUUAGCCAUAAGAGGCAUAUAGAAUAAGACUACUUUACGAAGGAAAUGUAUGGGGAACGAGAUGGAUGGAACGAAGCCGACACUUUGUGGAUUUUCGUCUUACUGUGAUUUCCUUUUCUGCGUCGUCGCUCUCCUAACGAUCAUUAUAAAUCGUAGAGUUUGUUAAAAGCGUGGAAAAAUGUCGAGAUUGUAGGGAAGAGGUUCUUUGUUUUAGAAGAGGUGGUACGAUUUCUUUCUAGAGGAAGAAAUUGAAGGAGAAAUAAAUAAUCGCGAGACCAAGUCACACGUGAAUACGUAUUACCGAAAGAUAUUUAAAAAUGAAAGAGGCUGUUGCAACUAGAUACGUUCGUUGUUGUUAGAUGGACUGUAAAAUACGAUUCAGAGUAAUAUAUUAUUAUUGUCAUUAUUACGAUGAUCAUUAUUAUUAUUCUUACGAUUAUUAGAAUAUUCUCUGAUCACGAUUAUUAAAUGUUACGAUCGAUGAUCCAAGAGUGAAAUGGCUUUACCGGAUGGGGUGGUUUGUUGGAGACUUGAAGAGAUUUUAUAAAUUAUAUUCUAUAGUAGCGGGUAGGAAACGUAUCCAGAGAAGAGACACGUCGGUUUUCGAAUUCUACGGUACAUUAUAGAGAACGAUGGCUAUUGUAUUGUAUGAGAGAUAAAGUAGAAGAAAAAAUUGAUAAAAGAAUGAAAAAAAAAAAAAAAGAACCUGUAACGCAA